AUGAUGAUGAAGUUUAGUUUUGCCAUAUUUUUAUUUUUAUCUGUUAUUCUAGCUGAUGAAAUUAAGAAAUUGCCUGGACUGAAUUUCAAGGUUUAUUCUAGACAUUUUUCGGGAUAUUUGAAUGUUUCGGAAACUCAUAGGCUACAUUAUUGGUGAGUUAGGGGAAAUUUUUUAUCAACUUAAAAAGAGAAAAUAUUCUUAAAUUUAAAGUGGAAUUCUGAAUUUUGAGAAUUCAAAGUUUUCAAUUUCAACGUUACACCCAAAUCUUCCCAUUUCCAGGUUCGUUGAAUCGCAAAACACUCCCUCCGUAGAUCCUCUCGUCUUCUGGUUUGAAGGUGGUCCCGGUUGCUCAUCCAUCAUUGGACUUUCUGAUAACAACGGCCCAUUUCUUUUUGCGAAUCCUGAUGUAAAUGAAACUUUCCGCAGAAAUGAGCAUACUUGGAAUCGAAUGGCUAAUAUUGUUUAUCUUUCAAGUCCAGCUGGAACUGGAUUCUCAUAUUCUACUGAUGGGAAUAUUACGACAAAUGAUGAGUUGACUGCGGAUGAGAAUUAUGAGGCUGUCAAAUUAUUUUUAAAGGUAGGGGAGUCAUUUUGAGAAAAAAGUUCUCUUGGGAAAAAAGUAUUGCGAAAUCUCUGAAAACCCAUGCAUAACUAAAGAACCAGAUAAUUGAACUUUUAGGAAUUCCCAAGUUACCGUAACCAUGAACUAUUCCUCACUGGUGAAUCUUAUGCCGGAAUCUAUAUACCAAUGUUAGCCACUCGAAUUAUCGACGGACAAAAAGAUUAUCCAAUAAAUCUGAAGGGUAUAGCAAUUGGAAAUGGAGCUGUGAAUUUGAAAAUUCAGCCAAGAACUUCGUUAUUCUACAGUUAUCAUCAUGGAUUGGUUUCAGAACGGGUAUAUAAAAGAUUGGUGAAUGGAUGUUGUAAGGGGAAUAUUGAAACAUGCGAGAUUGAUUUAAGAAAUUCGUAUUGUCAAGAAAUGAAAGAGAUGGGAAAACCAAUGGUUCUUUUUGACUAUGAUAUUUCUCAAAAAUGCUAUAAUCGAAAAAAUGAAGAAGACAUGUUUCCUGAUUGCAAUAACUACCAAAAACUGAAAAAAAUUGCUGAAUAUUAUUUAGAUGACAAUGUUCGAGAAGCAUUAUUUAUUCCUUCAGAAGCUCCCCAAUUUCAUUACUGUAAUAUGGCAAUGAUUGAUCAUGGUAUAUAUAAAAAAGAGAAAGAUGAUAUGAGUGAAUAUUUUUUGAAAAUUGUUGCGGCGGGUGUGAAAACUUUGCUGUUUUAUGGGGAUCAGGAUAAAGUUUGCGAUUUUCUUAUGGGACAACAAUUUGUUGCGAAGCUUAAUAUUACGGUUAGUUGGGAAUGAAAAUGAGAUCUGAAAACAGAUCCUUUCAGAAUCGGAAAAAAGUUCCUUAAAUUCCAAAUUUUUGAGAUAUAGAAAUUUGAAUAAAUUUCUUUGGUUUUUUGAAAUUGGAGUCAAACCUUUCGAAAAAAAGUAGAAAAGCAAUUUUUUAAAUUUUAGCAAAUUUGAAAAUAAUUGAAUUGUAUCCAGAGUUUAAAUAAAAUCUGAAAUUCCAGUUUUUUCUGUAAUUUCAGCUUGAAUUUUUGGUCCAAAAAAUGUUUGAAUUUUUAAAAAUCCCAAAAAUCUCAUGGCAGGAUUACAAGAAACUUGAUCAUUUCAGAAAAUCAGCGCAAAAGAGCCUUGGUUUGUCAACAAAAUUGCUGCUGGCUACAAAACAGUCUACAGUAAUCUGACCUUCAUAACUGUUCGUGGAGCUGGACAUUCUGCUGCCAAAACCAGACCUCUUGAAAUGUACCAAGUUAUUCAAGAAUUUUUCAAAGCUUCUAGAAUCAAUGCUUCUUCCAGCUAUGUUUUUUUGAUUUCAAUUAUUUUCAACAUUAUUUUUCAUUUAUUCUAG